UAAAAUUUAUUAUUUAUAUUAAAUGUUUGUGACCCAUUCAUAAUUAUCUCUAUUUUUAUUUAAAACAUAAUCAUCAUUUUUUUAAAAAAAAUUAUUCUUUUUUAUAUUUUAUUAUAAAGUAUUUAUUUAUUUCGAAACAUUUGUAGCCUAUUCAAUUGGGAGAGAGUCUUUAUUUAAGUGUGUUAGCAAAGGAAAGAAUUCGAAAUCAAAGGCUGUGAAAUUCGGCGAAGUGAAGAGUGAAAUUGGUCGGGAAAUUAUGCGACUCUGUAAAUAUGCAUUGAUUCGCCGGUGGAUUCUUUCCGGCGAGAAGAUCAGUUAUGGCUCCAGACGCUUUGCCUCUCUCUCCAGCAAUCCCCUCAUUGAUGAUUCUCAUAAUUUAGUACUUGUUGAGGGCAAAGCAAGUUCAAGAACAGCAAUUCUCAACAGACCCGCAUCUCUCAAUGCUCUGAACACCUCUAUGGUUGCCAGGCUUCAGGAGUUGUAUAAAAAUUGGGAAGAAGACCCUGGUGUGGGUUUUGUUGCUGUGAAGGGUGGAGGCAGGGCUUUUUCAGCUGGUGGAGAUAUUGUUGCUCUUUAUAAUCUGAUGAAAGAAGGAAACUUAGAAGAAUGCAAACAAUUCUUUUGGACUAUAUAUAGCUUUAUAUACUUUCUUGGUACUUAUAUGAAGCCACAUGUGGCUCUCUUGAAUGGGAUCACAAUGGGUGGUGGGGCUGGAGUUUCCAUCCCUGGCACAUUUCGGCUUGCAACUGAUAAAACUAUAUUUGCCACGCCGGAGACGUUAAUUGGUUUCCACCCAGAUGCGGGGGCUUCCUUUUACCUCUCUCAUCUUCCUGGCUACAUGGGUGAGUACCUUGCAUUGACAGGGGAGAAGCUGAAUGGAGCAGAAAUGCUGUCAUGUGGGCUUGCUACUCACUUUUCUCCAAUUGCGAAACUUCAUUUGGUCGAAAAACAACUAGGAAAGUUGGCCACUGAUGAUCCCUCUGUUAUUGAAAGUUCCUUAGGAAACCAGGGAGAUACAGUCCAUCCAGAUCAAACUAGUGCAGUUCACAGGAUUAAUUUACUUGACAAAUGUUUCAGCCACGACACGGUUGAAGAAAUCAUUGAAUGUUUGGAAAUGGAGGCUGCUAAGACAAAUGACACAUGGUGCGUCUCGACUUUGAAGAAACUGAAAGAAGCCGCACCAUUAAGCUUGAAGGUUUCACUAAAAUCUAUACGAGAAGGUCGAUUUCAGACCCUUGAUCAGUGCCUUACUCGUGAGUAUAGAAUGUCCCUACAAGGAAUUUGUGGCCGGAUAACUGGUGAUUUCCGCGAGGGUGUUCGCGCAAAGUUGGUUGAGAAAGAUUUCAACCCCAAGUGGGAUCCUCCAAGCUUGGAACAUGUAUCUGAAGACAUGGUUGAUCAAUACUUCACUCCUCUCUUUGCAUAUGAGCCUGAACUGGAGCUUCCCACAAACCAGCGUGAAGCAUUUAUUUAAAAUCUUGGGUGAAAUAAUUAUGUUUCUGCUACCAGUGAUCCUUGUAUACUGUAGAAUAUAAUCAGAGAAAUGUCAUCAUGUUUAUUUUUCCAGCAUUUUGUCCCAGUUCAAAAAUAAAAACAAAAAUAAAAAUAAACAAUAGCAAAUCUCUUCAUCUCUA